AUGGCUUUCAUCAAAGAGUUCCAGUAUCUUACUCGGGCGUAUCAUCUUAUCUGGCAUGACCUGUGUGUAGUCCUGUCCUCCACCCUUCCUGCAGACGAGAGGGAGCGAGUCCAGACUGCAGCCCCAGAGCACGCCAACCAAGCCCGCCUGGUCGACCUGACUCUACCAGGCGGAAAUGUCUGGAGAUGCGCCAGUACCUGGGCCCCGCAGAGGGGGUGGCGUGAGUGUUUUAAGCCGGGGGUACCCCGUCCCCCCUCUUCCCCCACGCUCAGCAGGAGGGAGGCCGUAUCUGAGGACUCCGCGGGCCCGUGGGGAGGAACCCACACUCUCCGCUAUGACCUCAUGGCCUUGCCCCCGGACUGGCCUCGGAGGCCCCAGUUCCUGGCCCUGGGGUACGUCGAUGAUGAGCCCUUCCUGCGCUAUGACAGCGAGGGCCACCGGGCAGAGCCCUGGGGUCCAAGGAUGAGCAGAUACCCGGGAGCAGAGAGUUGGGCAAGAGAGACUGAAGACCUGAAGGAGAAAGAGCAGCAGCUCAGAGGGACCCUGGCAGCCAUCAUGAGCCAGCAGGGGCAGGACAGGGGCUUUCACUCCCUCCAGGCCACCUUGGGCUGUGAGCUCCAGGACAACCUCAGCACUGGAGGCUUCUGGCGCUUGGGCUACAAUGGGCAGGACUUCCUCACCUUUGACCUGGAGACUCUCACGUGGACAGCGACCCUGCCCUCCGCCCAGCGCAUCAAGAAGUUCUGGGAGAGACACAGCCCCCAGGCAGAUCUGGUUAAGGUUUACCUGCAGGAGACUUGUCCUGCCCAACUCCGGAGACACCUGGCUUCCCUGAGAGGCCUGGGGAGUGCAGAUUCCCCGCUGGUGAAUGUGAUCCGAAGGCAGAACCCACUGGGCAGGGUCACCCUGACGUGCCAGGCCUUUAACUCCUAUCCCCGGGGUGCCACCCUGACCUGGCUUCGGGAUGGGGAGCCCGUGCCCCAGGGGACCGUUGGGCUGGAGGCCAUCCUGCCCAGUGGGGACGGGACCUACCAGACUUGGCUGACCACUCAGACCCAGCCUGGAGAGGAGGAGAGAUUCACCUGCCAUGUGGGACACGGUGGGCUGAACACCACCGUCCCUGUCGUUCUCGGCCCUCAAGCUCGGGGUGCUCUGCCGGGGGCUGCUGUCACCCCCGCGGUUGUCCUGGCUGUCUGCACACUUCCCUCCGUGUUGGUUUUGGUGGCCUGUGUCUAGAAGCGGAAGGACACAGAGAAUGGAAAAAGUCCAGGGACGGGAGAGGAGUAGACUUUUCCUGCUUGUUGGAGCACAUCGUGAAGGCUGCUCGGGAACCAGGGAAGAACUGGGAAAUUUGGAAGAGAGUGAGUGAGAGGGAGAGAGGCAGAGAGGGAGACGA